GGGCGGGCGAACUAGGGGACGUGCUGGCUGUCUUCCCGAUCUACCCAAGCCGCUGUUCUGCUCCAGGGCCUGGGAACGCGGUUCCAUCCGGGAGCGGACCGGGAGCCCGGCCCAUCAAACUCCGCCCCUGCCCGUGCCUGCGGCGGUUUCGGGGCAGGGGGCCUGCACGGCGAGACAGUUACUCAGACCUGGCGAAACCAGCGAGUCGGCACCUGCCGGCCUGGCGGGCGUGGCAGGCGGAGGCUCCGUUACGCCCCGCCCCUGGGCUCGCCCCAUCCCGGCCGCCCACGCGCCGCGCGCCCCGCCCCGGCCCGCGCCGCCAGCCUGCCAGCCCGGAAGGAGCCGACCGAGCGCCCGCGGCAGCUGACUCAAGCGAGAAGUGGAUGACUGACCAUGGGGCCCCUGAGUCGAGAGGCCUGGGCCCAGCGCCUGGGUGCUUUCCGAGCCAGCCCAUCCGCCUUUCUGGCAGGUGCCGGAGGUGAGGAUUUGGGUCGCGACCUGUUGAGUGACCUAAGGAGUGAAAAGCUGAGCGAGCAGACCAAGGUUUCGUUGCUGACACUGAGCUUGGAGUACUCUGACAAACUUUGGCCUGAUGCACCUGCCGCAGAGGCUGCUGCCACCUCCUUGUUGGACACGCUUGUCCUCCUGCCCUCCAGACCGUCAGCCCUCCGGAGGCUCCUGUUGUUGGCCGCCACCACAGCCCUGGUGUCAGGAAGUGCUCUUGGACCCACUUCGGGAGCUUCCUGCCGGCUCCUGCCCUUACUUCUUGGCUUAGCUUCAGGCCGAGACAUGGGACGAAGCUUUGGCACCGCCUCAGAACAGCGCCAUCUACAGGCCACCGCCUGUGAAUGCCUUGGAGAACUUGAGCGCUGUAAGCCUGGGCUGCUGGCCGGCGUCCUGGGCAUGCUGCGCAGCCUCCUGGGGCAAAUGGGUCCCGUCCAGCCCGUCAGCCUGCUUCUGGCCCUUAUUCUGCACAACGCCUUGGUGCUACAGUCCAGGUCUGGGGCUGGCCUGCAUGGCCUGCUUGUGUCUGGUGACUUCUCCACUGGGAGCUGUCCCUGGGACUGGACACUGGCCGAAGAGUGGGAUGGCCAUCUUAGGCCCACAGCUGGGGAGGAGGAGCGUGGCAUCCCAACUCUAGAGCCCAGCCCCGAGGACACCCGGGAGCUGAAGGCCGCCGUAGCCCAGCUCCUGGACACCUCCUAUCUGCUCACUCCUGUGGCUCAGGCUCAACUUCUGUGGCUGCUGAGCUGGGCCCUCCGGGGUCUCCGGGGACAGCCACCAGUGCUUUUCAAGCCACAGCUAGUUCGGCUGCUGGGCACAGCGCAGCUGACACUGUUACACUCAGUUCUGUCUCUCAAGGCGGCCUUCGGCGAGGCCCUGUUCACUGCUCAGGAUGAAGCCCUGCUGCUCCGUAGGCUCACCCUGGCAGCCCAGCACCCCGCCUUGCCCACGCCCACACACCUCUUUUACCUGCAUUGCAUCCUGAGCUUCCCUGAGAACUGCCCCCUGGGUCCAGAGGGGGAAGAGUCUGCCCCACUGCUGUUGGGACUCCAGCCAUGCCGGGGCCUUAUGCCCAGUCUCCUUCAUGACCCAAUGGUCCUCCUGGCCCGCCUGCAUUUGCUGUGUCUACUUUGUGCUGAUGAUGAGGAAGAGGAGAGAGGCCAGCUUCAGGGCCCACAGUGGUUCCUGCAGGAGCUGCUGGCUGGGCUUCAACAAAGGGCAGCCCUGGAUGGUGGCCCCCGAGCCUUGGCCGCUCUCUGUUUCCAGGCCUCGUACCUUGUUACCAGCUGCCUGACUAGACAACCCACGGUCCGGACAUCUUUGAUCCAGGGCCUGGCCCAAUUGUACCGAGCUCGUCCUUCCCUGGCCCCCCAUUUUGUGGACCUCUUAGAUAAGGUUAGCCCUGAGCUGAGAGAGCCCCUCAGGGAGGAGCUGCUCCAAGAGGCGGUGGCCAGGCCAGGCAAGAACGAAGCACUUUGCUGGCACCUGCAGAUGCUGGCAAAGGUGGCAGAGGGAGCUCAGAGUGCCACCCUCAGCUUUCUGCAGGCCGCCGCCUCACACUGCACCGACUGGGGCCUACAGCAGGCCCUGCUGCGGGUGUGCCGGGCUCUGCUGCGAACAGGUUGGGGACAUGGCCUGGCGGGCUUGCUGCAGGAACUGGCCAGGCAGCUAGAGAAUGCUGAUGGACGGGACCAUGCCCGACUGUACUAUGUCCUCUUGUCCCACCUAUCGAGUUCCAAGUUGGGGAUGGCCCUGGGCCCCUCGCUGGCUGCACCCGCACUGGCCUCAUCCCUCAUGGCCGAGAACCAGGGCUUCGCGUCAGCACUGAUGGUGCAGGAGACCUCAGCUCCAGUUCAGUUGAGUGUUGGACCUCGGAGGGCCAAAGGCCCACGCCCAGUGCUGCACCUGCAGGUGCGGGCCCUGGACGCUCCUGUCUACACGCUGGAGCUGCGCUUCCAUGUGGAGGGACAGCUCUACGAGCCCCUGGAGGCCGUCCACAUUCCCUGCUUGCAUCCAGGACAACCUGCCCAUUCUCUGGACCUGCCUUUGCAGCCCCGAUGCCCAGCCCCCGCCUGCCUACACGUCCGUGUCCUUUACAGUACAACCACUGGCCUCACGUGCCAUGCCCACCUGCCACCCUUGUCUGUGAACUUUGCUGACCUCUUCCUGCCUUUCCCCCAGCUCCCAAAGGGCUCUGAGUUGCAGUUCUUUGAGGAGCUCUGGAACUCCUGCCUGCCAAAGGGUGUCGAAAGUCGUGUGUGGUGUCCACUUGGGCCACAGGGCCUGGAGGCGUUGGUGUCCCAACACCUAGAGCCCUUUGUAGUGGUGGCUCAGCCCCCUACCACCUACCUCAUAGCCGUCCGCCUGCCCCCCGACUCCAUGCUGCUGUUGCGUCUGGAGAACGCUCAGGUGGACGGCGUGCCUGUAGCCCUAAGGACUGAUGACUGGGCCGUGCUGCCCCUGGUAGGGGACUACCUCCGGGGGCUUGCAGCCCACUGAGUAAUGCCAGGUGGGACUGCAUGAGGCUGGUGCCUGCCAGAGGCGCAUAUGCUUGUAGCUCCUGCCCCAUAAAAUGCCAUCCACAGACGACAACUCCUGGCUUGUUUUCUUUUGGACCCUUGUUAGGAGCCAACUUACUGGGAUUGGGUCAGAAGCCCCCAGAAAGAUCCAGAGUAAUCCCAGCGCUGCAGACCUCCAUAAUUCAUGCUCGGAUGGUCUGAAAAAUAUGUUUCUCACAGGGUCUGACCUGACCCAAGAUGACUGUGCAGCUUCUGCAGGCUGGAGCUUGAGGCCGGGCCUCCCAACUCUGCCCCAGCUGAGUCAGAUCAUAAGCUAGUAGUCUGGGUGGGGUGGCUAGAGCCUCUCCUUGGCUAGAGCUGAUUGGACCUAACUUAACUGUACAGGGUGUGCCAGUGAGGCUCGGGUCUAAGGAUGGAGGGAGGGCCUGCAUGACCUGGUCAGAACCAACAGAACAGCCCCCAAACCUAGCUUUGGAUGGCAGCCCGUGGGAAACCCAGGCCGGGCUUAAGAAUCUUGUCAGGUAAGAACUUGUUCUCAGGCAGGUGGUGGUGGGAUAUGCCUUUACUCCCCCAACACCUGGAAAGCAGAGGCAGGUGGAUUGAUUGCUGAGUUCGAGGCCAGCCUGGUCUACAGAGUGAGUUCUAGGACAACCAGGGCUACACAGAGAAACACUGUCUCAAAAACAAAAACAAACAAAAGAAGAACUUAAGAACGUCUCAGGCCCCUUUCUCCAGAUGUGCAAGGCACCUAGGAUGCGGUACAUCAAGGCACCAGGCUAGUAUUUUACACACAUGUCAUCCUUGAAACAUUCCUGCAGGUCUCCCCUCACAGCUGAGGAAGUCAGCCAGCAGAAGGAGUUACGUGUUUCCCUGAGGUCAGGCUGGGAGGGAGCAGGAUUUUGUCAUCCAUGGCAGGCCACCAUCGCCACACUCAGCAGGGCUCUGCAGUAGCCACAGCCCUAGCCUCACCCCUGAGAAGCCCCCAGCAGGACGUGCUGAAGCAGUUAUGGUUAGCACUGAGUGAGAGGAUAACCUUGGGCCUCAGUCAUUCUGAGGAUCUGGGGUGGAGGGGGCUCCUGCUCUUACAGGGUUUCUUACAAGUCAGUCUGGGAGAGGAAAGACUUAGGCCCAGUUUGCGGCAAAAGGCCAGGUCCUCAUGCGAGCUGUAGCAGUAAGUUGUCACUGUUGAGUAAUUUGACACUCUAGAUAUAGAUGUUGGCAUCUACAACAGGCCAAAGAAAAAAAUUCCACUCAGGUCUAGCUAGUGAGCCAGUGAGUGGACUGGUACUGCUUCUGAGAGUCCGGUUACCCAAACCCGAGCACUCCAGGAAGCUGCUGGAACAGCUCCAUUUGAGAUUCCUCGACUGAAACUGACAGCUUCUAUAACGUUUGUGCGGGAUGGGCUUUGCCAGCCCUGUGACUUUCUGCGUUGCAGGAUCCUCAAGUUUCCUGAGUCUCUUGAGCCUGGAGAGAGAGUUCAAUGAGGAAGAAGCAGCUACAAAGCACUCACCUUGAAAGCCAUUGCCAAAUCAGGAAGGUGGCCAUUCUAGAAACUUCUCCAGCUGGUCUGGGUAGAGACAGGAUAUAGGUCAGUUCCUUACACAAUUCUUAGGGAAGCUAGAGAGGAGGUUCUGCAGAAGCCACCACUGGAGCCACUGUGUUGUGGGACAGCUCCCCUGCCUGCCACUCAGCUGCUCUUGGUGCUCUGACACGGCGGUGCUGCCCGUGUGUCCUCAUCCCACAGAGCCAGAGACCACCGCUGCUGGAGAAGGCCUUGACACCUCCAUGUCCAACUGCGAGAGCAUCUGUCAUCACCAUCCAGGUCCGUCCCCGUGGUGGGGAGGGGAUACCGAAAAGCAGUUCUCCUCACACAAACUCAAGAAGUGCAUUAAGCCAGAGUCCAAGAUGAAGAUACUAGGCUCCAGAGGCUGCGGAGAUGACUCAGUAAAGUACUCAAAUGUGAAGAACUGAGAUCCCCAGCACCCAUGAAAAGCCAGGCGAGGCCUCCUCCUCUCAGCACAGGGCUGGGAGGCAAAGACAAACCAGUAAGAGGGUCGGUCUCCAGAGUUUGUUUUGGUUUGGUUUUGGUUUUCCAAAACAUAGAGUUUCUCUGUGUAGCCCUGGCUGUUCUGGAGCUCACUUUGUAGACCAGGCUGGCCUCAAACUCAGAAAUCCUCCUGCCUCUGUCUCCCAAGUGCUGGGAUUAAAGGCAUGCACCACCACUGCCCAGCUUAAAAAUAUUUUUUGUUUGGUUGGUUUGGUUAUGGAGAUAGGGUUUCUCUGUGUAGUUCUAGCUGUCCCAGAACUUACUCUGUAGCCCAGGCUAGCCUUGAACUCUGCCACUGCCACUGCUGCCCAGAAAUGUCUCUUACAUGUUAAACCCGUUUACCAAACCUGGAAUAAAUCACACUUCAACAUGUCAUAUAA